AUGAGGAGGGGCCGUGUGCCCCCCGCGCUCUGCCUGGCAGCGGCCCUGGCAGCGCUGCUGCCCACCGCCUGUGCCCGCCGCAGCCAGGACCUGCACUGCGGAGCCUGCCGGGCGCUGGUGGAUGAGCUCGAGUGGGAAAUCGCCCGCGUGGACCCUCGCAAAACCAUCCAGAUGGGCUCGUUCCGCAUCAACCCCGACGGCAGCCAGUCCGUGGUGGAGGUGCCCUACGCCCGCUCUGAGGCUCAUCUGACAGAGCUGCUGGAGAAGGUGUGUGAGAAGAUGAAGGAAUAUGGGGAGAAAGUGGAUCCAAGCACACACAGGAAAAGCUACAUCAGGGUGAUCUCUCAUGAUGGGACCAAAAUGGAUCUUUCUGGGGUCAAAAUCGAUGGAGAUGUGACAUCCAGCCUGAAAUUCGCAACCUGUGUGACCACGCGCUGCACAUCCCUCACGACGAGCUGUGACACGGGCAGCCCCGGCUGCCACCUCCCCACGCUGCCAACGCGCCUCGGUGACCUUGGAGGGACCCGGGACGGUGCCAGGCGCCGGGUGGAUGGGCCCCAGCGGGGUGGGAGGAUGUGCCAGGGAGGAUGGUGGUGCUGGAGAGACACCUUUUAACCCCCUCCCUGGGUCUGGGGCUCUCAGCCCAUGUAUUUGCCAGCUGGAUGCUUCGAGGUGGCCACGGCGCCGUGUCCUGGCUCGUGCGGCACCUCUCGGGUGCCCACACAAGGACCUUCCUCUGCUGCUGCUCAGGGGCACAGGGGGGGACACAUUGGGGUGGGGUUUGGGACCACCCCCCCUGCUCCCUGCUGCAGGUAAUAAAGGGGCCACGUGGCAGCUGUGCCACUGGCCCACCCGAGGGCA